AUGGCCACGGCAAGCAGUAGCAAGCCAGUCCGAAAGUCCUGUCUGAAGCGGCGGAGUGUUUACGAUGACUUUGGAAGCGUUGGCUCCAGUGGACCGAGCAGGCCUGACGGAAUCAAGAAGCAGAGGCAGUCUACGCUGCCAGUACAGUCUUCCCAGCAGCAGAAGAACAAAGAGGAAAUCAAGAAGCCAGGCCCGCCCAAGAUCGACUUGACGAGUACACACGAGGCUGAUCAGAGCAAAGGGUCAAUGGCUGUUAGUGACCCGGGCAAGUCUGGACAGCCGGAUAUCAUCCAGCUGCACGAGGCAUACGUGAUCCUGGUCCACACCUUCAACCCAGAAUCCAUCAGCGAAGUGACAGUCGGACAAGCCUUCCACUCCCUGGAGAAGGCGAACGAAGGCGUCGCAAAUCUUUUCAGGCGAGUCAAGCCAGAGUUCGUCGACAUCGUUAUCGACAUCGGAGUCGCGAACGAGUUUGACGAAGGAGGAGACACCUAUCCCGAUGUGAGGAGGAGGGUUACCUCGAGUGGGCGAGCCGCGUAUCUGUGGCACACCGAGGAAGGGCGAGGUGAAUUGAAUGUACAUAGGAUUUUGAUUGAGUAG